AUGGUAUCCAAAUUUGGAUUGGAUAUAAAGUGUGGAACUAUGCUUUCACUGUGCACUUCAACUUUUAUAACAGUUGCUAUUGGUGUACUUGUACUAUCGAUAGUAUUUGAAACUAGAAAUAAUAAUAUUAAUAUAAAUAGAUAUGUAUUCUACAAUAGUAAUAACAAUAAUAAUGAACAUAUACAACAAGUCAGCCCAUUUCAAUUAACUGUUGAUGUUAAAGAAGAUAAAGAUUCAAAGAGAGAUAAUAAUAAUAAUAAUAAUGAUGAUAAGAAUUCCUCUUCACCUUCACCUUCAUCAUCACCAUCAUCAUCAUCAUAUCAAAUAAUAAGACAUAUAAAAGAAUUGAUAGAGAUUGGUAAUUCAAAAGUUGUAUAUGAAGAGAGUAAAAGUUUGGCAAGAGAAUAUAUUCGUGAUUAUAUUAUUGGUCAUUCUGGUGUGGAUGGGAAGAGUAUUGAAUGGAAUCGAUUCGAGUGGAGUGAAAAAGAGGCAAGGGGAAGGAAUAUUACUACGACUACUUGGAGUGGUAUUAAUAUCAUUGUAUGGUUGAAUUCAUCGUAUCCUGCACCACUGGAUAAAGCAAUAGAUGAUAGAAUUAGAGUCAUUAGUUGUAGUUAUGAUACUGCUGAUUGGGGUGCACCCAACAAGACUAGAGGAUCACAUCAUUCACUUGCAAGUGUAGCCACCAUGUUGGAAACAAUCGUCACUGUCGACCGAUACCUCAAACGAUUAGAAUUGGAUACUUUGGAACAAAUUAAAGUGGCAAAGAAGAAGAUGAAGAUGAAGAAGAGGGAUGAUAGUCAAUCAUCUAAAAAUGAUGAACUUGAUCAACCAACACAACAAUUAGAAACAUUUGAAGAUUUGGUUAGAAUGGCCAAAGAACAUAGUUUACUUGAAGAUCAACAACAUACAAUACCAAUUGAUCAAUCGGUUCUAUACCAUCCACCAAUCAUGUUUAUCUUUUUCGAUCAUGAAAAGGCUGGUCACGGACAUGGAUCAGGAUCAUUGGGAAGUAAGAGUUUUGUGAAACAUUUUAAUGUGACACCUGACCGAUUCUCAUUUCAAAUCAAUUUGGGUGCUAUUGGUAUUGGUCCAACUACCAUUCAAACCUAUCCGUAUCGUAACGAACUGUUUGUUCAAUGGACACCUGCAUGGAUGAUUGAUUUGGGGUUAUCCAUUUCACAUCGUCUCAAUCGUGAUGUCUCCCCAACCAAGAUACGUCCAUUCUCUAGGUUUGGACAUGGUAUUUGUUCAGAUAGUUAUCUUUGGUCGGUACUAUACCAAGCACAUCGAUACCAUAUCACACAGGUACCACUACUCACCGACUCUGGACCAUUCUCUUGGUGUGGUGUUGACAGCAUGUUGCUUUGUGAUGCCAAUAUCUUUCAAAGCGAGUAUGACCAACUAGGUAGAUACACCAAUACAUUGGAUUUUGAACAUGUUGAUAGUAUCAAUCCGUUUGUACUCAUGGAUACUAUCAACUUUCUCAUUCAAUUCAUCCUUUCAUCGUCUAUCCCCAAGUACCAAGUCAUUCCAUUGGCCAAUCAAUAUAAAUCAUCUCCAUCAUCAUCGUCGUCUAUUGAUUCUACCCAUCCUUGGAUAUCAUCCGUAUUGUCUUUUUACCUACUGUCAUUCAUCAAAACAAUAUUCCCAUCCUAUAACCAAUACUUGGCCAUUCACACAACCUCUGCUACAUCUUUUCAAUUAUUGGGUUUUAAUUUUGUAUUUUUACUUGUUUUAUAUAAAAAACAAUUUAAACAAUAUAGGAAAUUAUAUUAUACUAGUAUACAUCAAACAAAAAGGGAAUCAUCAUUUCCAGGUUAUAGAAUUUAUUUUUUCCAUCUUGUAUUUUAUACGAUUGUAUCAACAAGUGAUAUUGUAUUUUCUUUUUUAAUGUUGGUAGUUGUAUUCCCUGCAAUGUUAUUAAUCAAUCAACCAAAACAUUAUACCAAUAUUUUUAUUUCAAUUAUAUCAUCAUUAAUAUCUUUAUUUAUUUUGUAUCAAGAUUUAGGAAUUAUGAUUUAUGUUGGAGAAACAUUUACAAUUAAUAAUAUAUUUAUGAUAUUAUUUUAUUUGGUACAUGUUUUAUUACCAAUCUAUUACAGUUUCGAUAUUCAUGCUAUACAAUUCAACAAUAAUAAUCCUCUACAUUUGAACCCAAUUACUACUACAACUACAACUACAACUACUACAAAACUACAUAAACCUGAUUUAAUUAAAUAA